UCUUUCUUGGAAAGGAAAAAACAAGCCAAUGAUGUCUGCCAAAUACACUCCAAUCUCAGCUGUUUCUGGAGGAAGAAAGAAUCUCAAGAUGUGUGUGCGAGUUGCUCACAUUUGGUUGAUUCGAGAGAAGAAGGUCCCCACUAGCAUCAUUUUCAUGAACAUGUUACUGGUCGAUGAAAAGGGUGGACGUAUUCACGCCACAACUAGAAAAGAUUUGGUGGCAAAGUUCAGGUCCAUGGUUCAAGAAGGGGGUACAUAUCAGCUUGAAAAUGCAAUUGUAGAUUUUAAUGAAAGUCCUUAUAAGGUAACUUCACACAAACAUAAGCUUAGUAUGAUGCACAAUUCAACUUUUACCAAAGUACACUUGCCUGCUAUCCCUAUGAACGUUUUUGAGUUCAAGCCAUUCAAUGAAAUUCUCUCUUCAACUGUCGAGGAAGUAUCUACGGGUAGGACUUGAAUUCUGAAUGUGUGUUGUACAUUAUUUCUACCUAUAAGCAUUCGUUUAGGAAUUUCAUACAUUUGUUUUUGCUUUUGUAUACGUAAUUUCAGAUGUUAUUGGUCAUGUAAUUGAAAGAGGUGAUAUAAGGGAAACUGAAAAGGACAGAAGGAAAAGCAGGGUUAUUGAUCUCACUUUAGAAGAUCUUGA